AGUUAGCUAAUCUAUAAAUUAAACUUGGAUCAGUUGAUUGGUUUGUGAGACAAUUAAUAUCCUUUAUCAAGUUUACACAGUUUAUUAGUCCUGCUUUUGUCAUUCUUGCAUAUAAACUAUAAUUUAUAAAGUGUGUCUACCCGCAAGUCCACACCAAUAUCAAAUUUCCUGGAUCGAUAAUUUAAAUAAACAUAUAUAGUGCAAUUCAAAGCGUAUCAUUUGUAUGAUGUAUUGAGCAUACUUUUGAAAAAUUAAAUAAAACUAUGGAGUUUAAAUUAUCGACCUUUAGAUGUGCUGUGUUGUGACAAUUUAUUUUGGUGACGGUAAAGAAUAAGACACUCAGGCCGUCAGUAUCUGCAUUAACACACAUACACAUUGAUCCAUUAUGUACGAGAUACAAACCCUUAAUGAAAAGUUACUACUCGCUGUAUGUAAAGGCAAAACAGGCAGUGUGGAAAAACUUUUGGAACAGGGAGCAAAUGUUAAUUUCAGAAACAAGAAAGAUGGGAUGACACCAUUACUCAAGGCAUGCCAAAGACGUAACUAUACCAUGCAGAAGAUACUGCUGUCUAAAGGUGCUAGUCCAAAACUAAAAGACAAGUUGGGUCUAAGUUGCUUACACUACGUGGCAGAAGCUGGAGAUGCAGAGAGUUUAAAAAUGUUAUUAGCCUACCAAGCAUCGAUACAGUCUAAAGAUGUCAAUGACUGUGCACCAUUGCACUAUGCUGCUGAUCGGAACAAACUGACUGCUGUCGAUACUCUUGUAUUUUGUGGUGCUAAUGCUUUCGAGAAAAAUAAGAAAGGGUUUACGCCCUUGAAAUCUGCAAAUAAUCCAGAGGUACGGCAAAUCUUGAAAGAUUCUGAAUAUACACUACUUGGGGUAAAAAAUGGAGAUAUACACAUACAGUGUAUUGAAUUAGAACCUAAUAAGACAUACUGGUUAGAGAAAGCGGAUCUUACAGUACAUACUCCGUCUACAUUCCCAUUAAAAUCACUUAGUUUUAUAUGUCGCCGUGUUCGUCCAGAAUUCUGCCAUCCUAUAUUGAAACCAUAUCAGAAAGAGCUUCUAAUCAGUGAUACAUUUGAGUUCCUUACAUCUGAGACGAGCACAAAAGCUAAAGUUUUACUAGAAGUACCGCUAUAUGAUUUCCCAGAUCCUUUUGAAGAUAUUUUUAUGAAAACUGACACUUGUCCAACGGUAAAAGAAAAUAUGAGACAACAUGAUAUAACACGUUUAAAAGAUGAGAAGACGCCUGGUCGUUUGAAAUGGAUUUGUACUACAGAGGUAGAUAUAACACAUGUCAGAUCUUUCAAUCUGGUAGCCUUCCCUAGAAAGGAGACCUUUCACAUUGGUCGGUCAGGAGCAGAACUAUCAUCGUCUGUGGACAAGUUUAUAAAGAUAUCUAUUCUGGAAAACACGUUCGAUGACCCAAAGGGCUCAGUUUCGCUAGAGGUAAUCCCGACUCCUGUUUACCAUCCUAAGAAUAUCGAUUCCAUAAUAUCUAUUGGACAUUUCUACGAUCUGACCCAUGACAAAAUAGAACAACCUCGCAAGACAGUUAACCUCCGUGUUCCGCUGCCUCAGGACUUUGAGAAUGAUGGCGAUUUGUACCUCCUAGGAGCCGAUGUUGAUCCGGAAUACUUCUUGGACCCAGACUUCGGUGAAAAGCAAGAUAUGGACCAUUGGGAAGUAAUCAGUGUCAAUCCAAAGACCACUAGAGGUUGUGUAAAUAUACCCGUUGAACAUUUUUCUAUAUAUGUAGCUAGUGAAGCAAAGAGGAACAAAUCUAAAGAAGCAGUAAUAAAAGAAACAUCAGAACUGUGUAGGAGGGCAUCGAUGCGGAAAACCUUCACUGUGUUCUUAGUAUUGGUAAAACCAGUAGGUGAAAACGUAUACCACGUUAUUAUUGAAUGUACAACUAAGAGAAGAAAAGAAGACAGAAUGAAUUUCUGGAUAAACAAAAACUACUUAGACCAGAAACCAAGUUUUUCAGGAGAGUUUGAAAGUAUUCCGGGCACCAAAUAUAUGUUAAGACUCAGUGGUAAUGUAAAGACUGUAUCUGGGUUCCCAAAAACAAGACUUGAAUUUCAUCCCAAAAGAGAAAACUGUCAACAAUUCCAAGUGACUAUGUCAGACUAUAAUGCUUUUAACGCGGCCUCGGUUGAUAUUUACGAAGUUAAAGAUAAAGAAGACGGGAAAGAGGAAGAGGAAGGUUUAGUUUCCAUGCCAUUCAGACUGACAGGGACACCAUUUGUUGAAGAUUUAGAACCACUUAACGAUGAAUCCUUUCCAGGUUUCACUACAGAUAGUUUGCUACGACAGCUUUCUAAAAAUCUUGAGAACGAAUGGAUCAAAGUGGCAGUUCUUUUAGGCUUGUCGUUUCGUACUGUGGAGAAUUUCCGAACAAAUAGUAAACUUUCCGAUCCUGACAAAAGAUUCAAGGUGUUACAGCUAUGGAGAGAUACUAGUAAACAUAGAGUAGAUUACGGAGUAGACGACCUUGUCUCGGCCCUACACAGGAUUGACAGAGAAGACCUGGUUCAACAAAUACAAAAAGAACUACAAAUAUGGUUGGACAAGAAUGAAGACCGACAAGAUAGGUUUUAUACAUGGGCGCAAAGUAAACUAACAGGACCAUCACUGCAGCCAUCCGAUGUUGAACAACCAUCGCCAGUCUCCGACCAGAUAUUUGUGUUACUAAUCGAUAAGUUUGGUAAUAAUGGAAGCAUUACACAACUAGGGUUACAGAUGGGAUUGUCAAGACCAGAAAAUGACAAAAUCUUCAACGAUGCUCUUAUAACCAACAGAGAACAUCAACUAUUACGGAUGUUCGUUGCUGCCAGAGAAAAGAUAGGUGAUAUGUUUAAAACAUUUUUACAACUGAUACAGUCAUUUGAGGUCCUUAACAUGAAUGAUACAAUGAAAUGGAUAUUUGAAACUACAGAUCAAUGGAUAACAAGUACUGAAAAGGACAAAAAUCCAGUUCCUUGGAGACAGGAAAUUAUCAAUUAUCUGCAUAAGUCUAGUAGUCAAGACGACCUCGAUAAAGAGGAUGACCACAGUCACGAGAAGGAACAGGGAGAAAAUAGUCAAGCUGGUGAUCAGAGCACAACCGCAGAACUCGAUACCUCUGAAACGAAACACGUGGACAGCGACAACGAAGAAACACACAACGACGAAAACGAUGAUGACAAAGACAGAAAUUUUGUUUCAUUUCUAAAAUCCCAAAGUCUGAAAGGAAAAGAGGAAAAAAGACCGAAUAUGGAACAGAAGACAGAAGAAAGUGAAGAAUUUCAGAAGAAGGAAAAUGUAGCAGAGGAAACGGAUUCAGUUCACGAGGUAAAAGGAAGCAUAGCUUCCAUAUCUAAAUCACAAAAGGAUAAAACGGGAAAGGGGAGUAGAGUUUCUUUGCAAACCCAGGAAGUAAACCGAAGCAGAGGCUCUCUACAGGCGGCAGAUGACGAGGUAAAAGGAAGCUUAUCUUCACUAUCUAAAACGCAAAAAGACAACACGGGAAAAGGAAGUAGGAUUUCUUUACAAACAAAGGAAGUAAAUGAUAUCAGCCGAAGCAAUGGAUCUCUACAGACAUCAGAUCAGGACGUAAAAGGAAGUGUAGCUUCUAUAUCUAGAUCGCAAAAAGAUAAAACGGGAGAGGGAAGUAGAAUUUCCUUGCAAACCCAAUAUGUAAAUGAUCUAGAACGAAGCAGUGGCUCUUUACAGACACCAGAGAAAAAGAUAAAUAAAAGUACUAGUCAAAGUAGUAUUGUAAAUCAAGAUAAAACAGAUAAUUCGAUUGAAGGUGAAAUAACAACAGACAAACAAGGAAAAGAAACGGAAGAAAUUCCUGUAGAUAAAUUAAAAACAACAGAGGAAGCGAAUGAAGAUGAUAAGAGUGAAACUCUGUCUAAUUCCAAAACUAAUAUACCAAAAAUAGUCCAUCCAGAAGAGAGGUAUGCGGCUGAACUAUCCCAUAAAAUCGUCGAUGAAGCUUUGGAGUCUGCAGCACACAUGCAACCGGAUUCAGAAACACAGGACAGCAAUGACAUUCAGCAACUCACAGAAAUGCUAAAGGCAACUUUGAACCCUCCUAGGACUAUCAAAGACGCUUCUUUGUCUAGCAGUCAUGAACAAAUAUCGGAUUCCGAUGAUCAAUAUAUCAAAAAAUCGAAGUCUUCAAAACAAUCUGACAAAACCAGGAAAAGUGAAAAAGAAAACCUGAACGAUGAAUCCAGUGAUAGUUCUGCUGAUUAG